GGUCCCGGGGCGCUUCCCGUCUCUCCCCCCAAAGCCCUGGCAGAGUCCCAGCUACACCAUGCCCCACGCUGGGCUCUGCAGCUGCUGGGGUGGCCGGGUGCUGCCCCUACUGCUGGCUUAUGUCUGCUACCUGCUGCUCGGCGCCACCGUCUUCCAGCUGCUGGAGAAGCAAGCGGAGGCUCAUUCCAGGGACCAGUUUCAGUUUGAGAAGCUGCGCUUCCUGGAGAACUACACGUGCCUGGACCAGCGGGCGCUGGAGCAGUUCGUGCAGGUCAUCAUGGAAGCCUGGGUGAAGGGCGUGAACCCCAAAGGCAACUCCACCAACCCCAGCAACUGGGACUUCGGCAGCAGUUUCUUCUUUGCAGGCACAGUUGUCACCACCAUAGGGUAUGGGAACCUGGCACCCAGCACCGAAGCAGGCCAGGUCUUCUGUGUCUUCUACGCCCUGGUGGGCAUCCCGCUCAACGUGGUCUUCCUCAAUCACCUGGGCACAGGGCUGCGUGGCCACCUGGCUACCCUCGAGAGGUGGGAGGACCAGCCCAGGCGCUCCCAGCUACUUCAGAUCCUGGGCCUGGCUCUGUUCCUGACCCUGGGGACGUUGGUCAUUCUCGUCUUCCCGCCCAUGGUCUUCAGCCACGUGGAGGGCUGGAGCUUCGGCGAGGGUUUCUACUUUGCCUUCAUCACUCUCAGCACCAUCGGCUUCGGGGACUAUGUGGUUGGCACGGACCCCAGCAAGCAUUACAUCUCAGUGUACCGAAGCCUGGCGGCCAUCUGGAUUCUCCUGGGCCUGGCGUGGCUGGCACUGGUCCUCCCGUUAGCCCCACUGCUUCUCCAUAGAUGCUCCCAGCUCUGGCUGCUAAGCAGGGGCUUUGGCCUCAAGGAAGGGGGAGCCCCCAAGACCGAUGGGCUCCACAGACCUCAGAAGAUCCCCAUCUCUGCGUGAGGCCCCCAGUAGCCCCAAGAGCCCCUCCUGGCUUCCCCAGUCCAGCCCACAGGCCCUCUGCAUUUCCUGCCCUGCCUCUCCCCCAGCCCACUCAUUUCCCCGCCAGGACUAGUCUCAGGAGCUCUCCAGAGAGAGGAAGGAGGCAGGAGUGUCCAAGAAAGGAGAUGUAAAGACAGAAUCAAACACAGAUGCCUGUAGAGUGAGAUGGGCACCGUUGUCCCAGAGCCCCUGCCCUCUCCCCCUCAAAAGUGACCAGACAUAGAUCACUGUGGCCAAAUCCCCAUUGCCCUCCCACAUCCCCCUCCCCGAAGACUCAUAUGGGACAACAAACAAAGGGUGACUUUAUUUUUGCCUCAUUGGAUGCGUUCACAAUGUGCAUUGGUCUGGCCCCUGCUAUGUGUCAGGCACUGUGCCAGGUUCUGGGACACAACAAGGAAAACUCCUGCCCUCCAUGUGUGUUUAGUCAAGUGGAAGGACUAGCCAGGUAGAGAGGCAACCCCAAUCCAGUGACCAAAAUGCUGCGAUGAGGGCCGACCAGGGUAAGAUGAGAGCCCAUGGGAACGGCUGGCAGGGAGCGUCAAGGAGAGGGCAGGGACUUUAGAGCAUCGUAGUGCAACCAGGCUGUCUGUCCUCAGGAAGCUACACUGAGGGGCCUGCCAGGUCCCCUUGCCUCGAGGUCUAGAGCUGUCUAUGAAGAAGGCUUAGGAGGUACUGGGUGCCCCACCCACUUUCCUGGGCAUGGCCCCCCUUGUCCCCCCAGGCACCCCUUGACCCCAUCACCCCCUCGGCUCCUGUCUUCUUAAGAACCUUUCCAAACACAUGUUGCCCUGGGGAAAAUGGAGAGCC